AUGGUGUACGCACACCUACCACUUCCGUUCAGUCGUGCACAAAUCAUAUUGAUCAAUUAUACGAGAUCAGGUCCCGUAGAUCAAAGUGACGUGGGCUGGUUGCCUCACAUAUCAUCGCUACCUCAUGAACGUCACGGGCUUGUAAACAGAAAACUUGCAGGUGGUGCGCGCUCACCUCCUUCUGCUAUAUAA